AUGAAAAAAAGGUAUGAAAAGAAGAUGAAGAAGGAGAAAGGUAAAGACAAGGAGGAAGUGAGGAAGUCUAUUGCUCUAAGGACUUUAAGCUCAAAUUUCUCCAACAAUGAGACAAGAAGCGAUAAUGAUUCUGAUGAUGAAGAUAUGAGGUUGUUCGUCAAAAGGUACAAUAGACACAUAUGGAAACAUGAAGUCAAGAACUCUGACCCCAAUAAUAAAGAGAUUGGGUUAUUUGUCAAAAGAUACCAAAGGUAUAUAAGGAAGAAUGAAGUCAACCUCUAUGACAAGAACUUAACAAAGUUUGGAAGGGUAGCAAAAGCCUCAAGAGAAGAUGAGAACAAGAAAGGUAAAUAUAGAAGUUCAUGCUAUAAUUAUGGAGAAUUUGGUCACUAUAGACCGAAAUGUCCUAAUAUUAAGAAAGACAAAGAGAACGAGCAUCACAAGAAGUCUAGCAAGUCUAGAAGAGCAUAUGGUACUUGGGAGAGUGCAAGUGAUUCCUUAAGCGAUGAAAGUUCCACUUCAAGUGUAGAAUCGACCCAUAUUUUCCUCAUGGAAAAUAGAAAGAAGAAGAAAAAUGUAAGUCUUUAUAAGCUUGAAACUAUUAAUGACUUAUCUUAUCUUCAAUGA